ACCCUCCUUCACCGCCACCGAAAUUCAUUUCACCGUCGUUUUGUCGUAAUCUUCCCUGCCGUUUUUAUUACUUUCCCUUUUUUCACGCACCGCAACAACAGGCUUCUUCAAAACCCUGAUUCUGCCACCGUUUUCUUCGUUCUAGAUCAAGCGGCGUCGCUGAUCAGUCGAAUCGCCGCGAAUCAAGCACCUUGACGGUCGGAUGGUGUGUCCGUGCUCCAACGGGUUGCUUUGGGGGUGUUGAGUUUUUGAGGUGUUACUUUGCACCUGACGGGGUUGUUUUGAUACUUUUUGAUGGGCGAUCUUCGGGAUUGGUCGCCUGAACUGAACGGCGGUAUUGUACGUUCCAAUGAGAGUGUAUGUGGCACUACCAGAUUGUUGAUUAACAUCAGCAGAACGAGAAUGUAUGCAUUUAUUGGCAAAGAAGUAUUUCCAUUUGGAUCAGUCCCACUGAAGACCUAUCUUCCUGAUGGAGAUAUCGAUUUGACAGCCUUUGGUGGUCUGAAUGUUGAAGACGCUCUGGCAAAUGAUUUAUGUUCUGUCCUUGAAUUUGAGGAGCAGAACAGUGAUGCAGAGUUUGUUGUGAAGGAUGUUCAAUUUAUCCGGGCAGAGGUUAAACUUGUAAAGUGUCUGGUACAGAACAUUGUAGUAGAUAUCUCUUUCAAUCAGUUGGGAGGGCUGUGUACUCUAUGCUUCCUUGAAAAGGUUGACCGUCUAAUUGGAAAAGAUAAUCUCUUUAAACGCAGUAUUAUACUCAUCAAGGCAUGGUGUUAUUAUGAGAGCCGUAUUCUUGGUGCUCAUCAUGGCUUGAUUGCUACAUAUGCGUUGGAGACUCUGGUCCUUUAUAUCUUCCAUUUUUUCCAUUCAUCAUUGGACGGUCCUUUAGUGGUUUUAUAUAAAUUUUUGGACUACUUUAGCAAAUUUGAUUGGGACAACUACUGUAUCAGUUUAAAUGGGCCAAUCCGUAUAUCUUCCUUGCCAGAAGUUUUGGUUGAGACACCUGAAAAUGGUGGGGUUGAUCUUCUUCUUAGUAAUGACUUUCUCAAGGACUGUCUAGAAAGGUUCUCAGUUCCUUCAAAGGGAUUUGAGACUAAUUUACGUACAUUCCCCCAGAAGCAUCUUAACAUAGUCGAUCCACUUAAAGAAAAUAAUAAUCUUGGCCGCAGUGUUAGCAAAGGGAACUUCUAUCGUAUAAGAAGUGCUUUCAUUUAUGGGGCUCGAAAGCUGCGGCACAUUCUUUCCCAAGCAGAAGAAAACAUAGGCGAAGAACUUCAUAAAUUUUUCCAGAACACUUGGGUUAGGCAUGGAAGUGGACAGAGACCUGAUGUUCCAGAUUCUGUCCCAAUGACUGGAUACAGUGGAUUAACUGCAACACCACCAAUUUCAGGUCCCCAGUCUUGUCAAGAAGAUCAAAUGGUUUAUGAAGCAGAAUCUUCAAAUCCAAGUAGCGUGCCUGAGAAUUUUAUGCAGGAUCAUGACUCAUUGCUUGGAGUCAAUAACGGUGAUCAAUCUAGGAGAGAAACCAGUUAUAGCAAAUCUCUCAAUGAACAGAAAAAUUCCGCAAGUGGAUCUGCUGUUUCAGAAAACCAUCUCUCUGGAGAUGCAGAAGAUUUGGCUACCUACAGAAUCCAAGGUCUUGUAAUUUCAAAUGAUACACCUAAAGUUUCCAUACCAAAUGCUGAGGGAAGUAGCAAUGGAAUUGUGGAACGGAAACAAUCGGCAAAUUCUUAUUUGACUGAGAAGAAAGUGUCUUCUAGUAUUCUUCCAGCUUCUGGUCGGAAGAUGUGUGUCUCUGAAAUUGAUGAUCAGGCUGGAAACAAGUCAACUGUCAAUCAAGAGGUCUUAUCCCCUGGUCGGUCAAGGCAUCAUUCCUCAUCUGUGUAUUAUACUCGGUCCUCGGAGGAUAUAUAUCGUGGUUUUUCAGGUUAUACAUCCUCUGUUAUAACAUGUGGAAAUCAUGAAGCUUCAGACUCCUUGUCAGAUCUAUGUGGGGAUAAUGAUAGUCAGCUCAACAGUUUGCAAUUUGGUCGGUGGUUCUAUGACUCUGUCUUGAGUGCACCUGUUUCUCCUGUGUCAUCAUCAAAACUUCUUCAGAGCAAGAAUUCAUGGGAUCUUGUAAGGCAGGCCAUGCUGUUUAGCCGAUCCAUGGUUCCUCCCAUGAAUGCCAAUGGCAUCGUUCCAAGGCCAGUGUACCCUCCAUUGAGAACACAGUUGCUACAUGGUGCAGGAUUUGGAAUUGAAGACAUGCCUAAGCAACGAGGAAUUGGAACAUACUUUCCCAACAUGAACCAUUACAGGGAUAAAUCCCUGCCGGCAAGGGGAAGGAAUCAAGCACCAGUCAGGUCUCCUCGUAACAAUGGCUGUCCUAUUACAUAUCGUGAGUCAAAUUCUCCUGAAAGAAGCAGCCAUGAGCUGUCACCAGUGUAUUCUAUUGCUCAUCAAGGGGCUAGCAGAUCAGGCGCUUCAGAUCUCCGUCACUCAGCUUCUGCUGACAAGAUGUUCUACUCUAAUGCCAACGGCUCAAUGCAUCAUCCUGACAGAGUUGUAGAAUUCAGGCAAGUUGGACAUGUACCACCAGCCACACCCACACCAGACAGCAGUAAGCAGUCCAAUCUAGGUUCUCCUCAUGCUCCAAACUCAAGCACAGUUCACUCAACACCAGGAACAAAAAGGCCAGAUAGGAUGACUAUACAAUCAUACCGUUUGAAAGAUGAUGAGGAUUUUCCUCCUCUAUCUGUCUGAUUGCAGUGGGGAAGGAUCAUCUAUUUAAAUGUGGUUGAGACUUGAGAAGUUAAAAAGAAUAGCCCACAGUUUUUGCUAACAGACAGCCUGAGCGCCAGCUUUGUGUAUGUGGCUUCUAGAGAGCCAUUUUGUACCUCUAUGCAUGGAGUUCAGUAUAUGGUGCGUGGUUCACAGGCAUUUGUACAUUCUACUAAUUAUCAAUAUCACCCCUCCCCCUUCCAUUAAAUCUUGAUGAUUAUACAUUGCAGUGAGAUGCUGAUGUAUAGGAUGCUUGAAUCGUCAUUUCCUUUUAGCCUGGCAUGUUUUGCAGGUUCAGAAAGAAGUAUAAACACAGGUUUUGUUAUUUAUAUCUGUUGUAACUUAGACUGCAAAACAGUGCUCUUUUUGCAGCUCUGUAGGUGCGACUUCUACGGGUAUCAUCUUAUUCAUGAUGCUGUUCUCUACUGUCUUAGAUACUAGAUGCCUAGAAUUUCUCCUGAUUCGAGCAAGUUACCUUUACUAUUCCCUUUGUUGAUGGUCUCCUUUCCAUGCAAAAGAAAAAAAGGAAGGAUCUGGAGAGUAAUCUUAAAAUUCUUUCUGGAGCGAUAUCUGGAGUUUUCUAGUGUUUGUCGUUGUUUUUAGGAAGGAAAAAUGUUGAAUGGUCGCUGCCUGGACGUUUCAAAUACCCUCUGGGUACUGUGUUCUCCCACUAAACAUUGAGAUUACAAAGGGACGUGGCUUGUGGGGUUCACAAGCAAGGUAGAAGAAACAACUAGUCAAGUUUAGAUGCAAUACUGUAGGCACUUGGAUAUGUCU